AUGGUCUCUAAUUAUCACUGCAGAAUUGCCGCUCUCAGUGAGAGAAGAGUAAAGCAAGAUCAGUCAAAAGUGGAGAACACGCUUAGUGAGAACAGACAGUCAAAGGUGGAAGAAGAUUUCACUAAUUUCUUCGACGGAACGAGAAUGGAUGCAUGGGAAAAAAUGCAGACAUCGUACUCGUUUAAAGAGCAAAUAGAGGUCGACAUUUAUUGCCCCAGACUUCUUUGUCUUGUUUUUGAGGUAUGUCUUGCUAUUACGGAUAAAUUAACACCCAUGAAAUGUAGAUGCAUCGUUCACGGUAUCAGUAAUUAAUUCUGAAGUCGUUUCAAAAAUUGUAAGCCAACUUUUUUGAUAAGACGAUGGGCAUCGGCUUCUUGCCAAAAAAAUCAACUUUAAUGUUACAAUUUCAAGUCGGCAAGCGGUCGUCUAUUGUUUGUAGCAUUAUGACUAUGUAUGUCCUACUAAUUCUCAUUCCGCAUAUUCUGACUGCAAUAUAAUGUAAAUCAUAUUAUCUUUCUCUAUACUCUCUCUCGGGUUUUUGUUACAAUUUUCCAUCCUAUAAGUGGAACGACUAUUGAAAACCACACUGAUUUUAAGAUAAAUGGUUUGAACCAGUGGGUAUAAUGUUUUCGUGUAAUCUGAUCGUCCGGUGCGGUAGUCCUGAGAGGUAUCGUUUUGUCGGUUGUGGUAACUGACCUUUCGACAAACUGAGUGGAUGGUCACAGUCAGAGUCAAGUGAAGAGUUGUUGUCAGUCGCGUGUUAUAGUUCCAGUCCGUGCAUAUAAUAUUUAGUUAGUUUAAUCGCGAUUAUAUUGACUGUAAGACUCAUUUGGUGCACAUAAGUCGGUCGUAAUUGGUCAGUUUCGAUCCGUCGGCAAUGUUAGGACUGCAUAGUCGUUCUGUUCGGUUCUAUGGGGUUUACGGUCAAGUCGCCCGAAAGUCAUCUCGCCCGAAGUCAUAUCGCCCGAAACCAGAGUCAUGUUGCCCAAAAUUCAUAGUCAUGUUGCCCGAAAUUUCAUUGAGUGUUUAAACUUGAAGAAAAGUAACAUCUUAAGUAAAUCACAAGGAAUAAACUCGUAAAAUGUUGACUCGUGAAACUCAGGUUGUUCGUUUCGCUUUCGUUUGAUAUCACGGAGAUAGUAAUCCUAAAAUAGAACACGAAAAUAAAAAAAAAUAGUAAUGUCAGUUACAGUAUGGUUCUAACUGUUCUUGUUUUAUCUUUGGAAGCAUUCUGUUACGAACGAAGGUUCACAUCACCACGAUUGGAACAUUGAGUGGAAAACGCGCCAUCUUGAAUACAGCAUGUGCUCAAGAAUCAUCACAUGGUUGCCAAGCAAGAUUGUGACGUUGGCAUAAAUUCAGACACGUAUUAAUACAAACAAAUUCAUUGCUAGCAACUAAACCUAAUUACACGCGAGGACGUGUGGGUUGUCCAAGUGACACCCGCCCCUUGAAAAUCGUUCAAGAUAAGACUUGGGCUAGAAAGGUUAAGUUCUUGGUGAAGAAUAAAAUUAUUUCAGGGACAAACAAGGGACUUAAAAUUUCCGUACCUUGGGUGAAAUCGGUUCUUGUGCUCUCAGCAGCAGGGACUUGGUCACUUGGGUUCGAUGCCGCAAAAGAACAUGCAACGCACAACCAACUUAUUCUUCCUCUGAUUAUUGCCAAACGGUAGGUGGCUUGGUGGAUACCAGUCUCGCAGAUACGAUGCUGCCAAAAGCCGCAAUCGUCGCACUGAAGGGCUUGCUUGCGUGGUCGAACUUCAUUUCCGCACUCGAUACAGGGAUGAAGGCUCAUUGUAUAAUUCUUUUGCGUACGCGUAACGAUCUCGUGUUUCAGCUAGCUGAUUAUCUCGGAAUAAGGUGGCUGUUAUUAGUUUACCCUCUUUAUAUAUAGUUAGCCGAAUCAAAAUUUACAUCCGACCCGCCGAGGAAACAAGGAACAACUGAACAAGUCGCGAAAAUUUAUGCCGCGUCUGAUCCUAAGGGGAAUGAUGCUAACGCGCUUUCUUCGCGUGGUUAACAAUAAACAAAAAAAAACCGCUGUAGAAGUUUCAGGUUGUUUUUUAUACGAUAAUUCAAACUAAGAGAACUUGAUGUAUUUUUCUGAUAUGUGUCAAAAAUUCUGAUAACUGAAAGUGUUCCGCUUAUAAUUACUAGAAUCUGUACUGUAGAAUGAGCAGUUCAGUUCAUAGCAACGAACAACGCUGAAAUGAACAGCGAUAUUUGAGUCUUUGUUUAACUUCAUAUUUGCAUAGGUUAGCGGACGAAAACAUUUUACGAGUUUAUUCCUUACGAUUGUUACUUUUUUUCAAGAUUAAACACUAGAUAAAAUUUCGGGCGACAUGACUCAGGAUUUCGGGCGACAUGACUAUGAAUUUCGGGCAGCGUGACUCUGGUUCCGGGCGACAUGACUUCGGGCGAGAUGACUUUCGGGCGACUUGACUGGUUACCGUUCCGCGGCGGUGCAAAUGUCUUGAUUGAGUCGUUUUAUUGGUGCCGGUAGUUGUUGAAAUCUAUUGAGGGUAGUCUGCUUUAAGUAAGUGAACUAGCUUUAUAGAGUUAGUAGUUGGGAAUAGUUAGAGCUGUAGGUUAAGCAUUAGGCAGAGUCCCAGUCAACAGCGUGAUUCGUUACUAGAUGACCUUCCAGUGAUGUGAUUUUUCUCAUUACUGUUCCUCGUCGCUUGUUCGUGCUCGGUCAGUCUUGUAUUAAAGUUUGUUAUAAAACAACCCUGUCUUUUGUAACCGACUUAGUGAAAUAAUGAUCGUUUUAUGGGUGACCUGGAUAUUGAAGGGUUAUAGCAUGCGCGAGAUGGUUUAGACGUGCAUUCAUUUAUGGUUUGGUCGUUGUAGUCGUUGGUGUUGUCGCUGCUAAGUGUUUCGCCGAAUCUGAUUGUCGCUCUUUUCCGAAAAAACACGGUCAAAGUCUUUGUUUUCUUCAGAUAGGCAGCUUGUCGAGCGCCCUUUCUUUUUCGAGCCCUGGGUGCAUGAUGGUAACGUCUUUGUUUGAUUCCAGGUUGUAUGAUGAUUUGUCUGGUAAUAUGUCGAUACGUGUCGGUUUUCUUCGACUUGUUUGUGAACCGUUUGCCUGUGUUCUGCUCGUUUAGGUGGUGGUAGAAUGUGUAGAUUUCGUCGCGGUGUACGGCUGCAAAUGUAUUACGAGGAUUUAAUUACACAAUAGAGAUGUGUAAUUUAAGCAUAGGCAGUCACACGAUUUCGAGUGCAAUUUGGAAUAAAUAAGCACGGGUAAAUUUUUUCAAAGACUACCAAAAUUGCACGAGCCCGUCGGACGUGUGCAAUUUGUGGUCUUUGAAAAAAUCUGCAAGUGCUUAUUCAUUCCAAAUUGCACGAGAAGAAUUAUGUGAUUACGUAUUAAUAGCAUACAUGAAAAAAAUGAGAUCAUAAUUAUGCAGAAGCAGAGCACGCAUCAAGUGCAAAAAUUAUUUGUUCAAACCGUGCGUUCGGUCAAAGCCACAACGUAGGAUCAAAAAAAUAUUAUACAAUGACAUUGUCACAUCUUUAAGGCGCAAAAAAGUUCAAAGUUCGGCUAAACAGUUCAAGGAAUUGUUAAGUCUGUGUCCGAAUCACUUUCGAUGAAAUGGAAUCGUCGUUUGCAAGGUUUAACCAUAUUUGUUUCUAAUUUCGCCGUAGAAUCGCUCGAGCAAAGUGUUUUAAAAGCUGGGUCAGCUCGUAAUUUUUAAUUUACUCGGCAAUUUCCUCCUCUAAACACCACUUUUUCCAAACUGACAACUAAAAGCAGAGCUUUUUACAGUUUUUUCGUUGUUAGAACUGUUUUUCAGCUGCUUUAUUGUUAUUGCGGUGGCCAUUGUUUCGCUCGCAAAUUUCCAGCGUAUCCAACUGUUGCGACAUCCAAGGCUCGCAUUUGAUUGACUAUUUGUGAGUUUCUUUGAUUAUUGACCAAUCAGAAUGUCUGGUUUGUUACUUCUUUGCACUGAAUUAACCCUCUUAUGCAUUGAAUUACCUGAAAACUGCAUUUAUCUCAACCAAUCAGUAUUGAGUAAUUUUUUUCUGUAUUGUUAAUACAGUAAUUGUUAUUAUUAUUAUUGAUUUUUGUAUUGUUUUGUUUUGUUUCUUUUUCUAAGGCUGCCUACGAAAAAAUGAAAGAGGCAAGAGGAGCAAUUUUUGAGUUGGGGAAAGAAGUAACGAGAAGUUUUAUUCAAUUCGCCCCAGAAAAUAUCAAAUCGAUUACCGGCUCUAAAAGGGUAAGACAAAAAAGUUAACCCCUAGAGCAAUUAAUCUCCGACGAGGAUAGAUGAAAAGUGGUGGUUAAGAUUAAUAUAAAUAGAACAGUUUUCAGGAUUUGAAAGUCGUCCUUUUUCCUAACGAUAUUGAGUAAAGGACGCAGACUUAAAACUUUAUUUAUAGUAUUUAAACUAUAUCAUCCUUCCUACUCCCCCCCCUCUUACUUGCGGGUCAAUUGUAGCUGUCAUUUUGAAGAAAAGUUAGACCUCACUAGACACGAUCAACACGAACCUCUCUUGACGACAAAAGAGGCGUCCAGCCUCAUAUUGAGGAAAAGUGAUUUGGAUCGUUAAGUGAAAAUAAAUCGGUUCGGUCCUAUUGCAAUUUAAAUGUAGGACUUGCUUUCAAAUGAAAACUCUGAUUCCAGCUACAUUAAUAAGGUAUAGGCUCUCAUUUAAGCCGCCAAGUUGUCUACAACGUGUGAGUAAUUUAGGACAUAUAUAAAUUAAAUUUGAAUUCAUUCGGAUCGAUAGAUUAAAGAUUCGGAUUUUUUUUAGUUUUUCUUCAGCCGUUUCCAUUUACUCAUCUUUUUUAGCCCUCCAUAGAUAUAGGCCGGCGGUUUUAAAAUUGGUUCCCACAAUAUCGCAAGCCUUUACCGGCACAUCAACAAACUAACUGCUUUUAUGGAUGAACAAACUUUUGAAAUUCUAGCCCUUCACCAGGCUGUACAAUUUAUUUUACACUUUCAGGGUUAAAAUUUGAUUAGACUUGAUAGAGAUCGUGGUGGUGGUGGUGUAUGUGCUUACAUUCAAAGCUGCAUAAAUUAUACAAGACGUUUGGAUCUAGAACUCCAGUUUUAGAAAUGUUAGCGUUGAAAAUACCGAAGACAUUGGUGAUGGAUUCAACAAUCGUUUUACCUAAAUUGGUCCAGGUGUUUCUAGAGACCUUUUCAGUUCAUCCAUAAAUGUUCAAGAGGAAUUGGAACACGAGCCGUCCUUGUUUGAACUUACUGAAAUUAAACCGUUAUCGGUCUUUAUUUCUUUACUUUACUGUCAAACUGUCAAUGGUAAAAUUGCUAAGCUACUGCUCCAUUAAUCUACUAACAACGAACUAAUGUACUAAAGUUUCUGCUGUUUUCAAAGCAAGUGACGAAAAAAAAUGUAACCAUCUAAUUAGAUAUAUAAAUAUAUAUAUAUAUAUAUUUAUAUAAAUUCGCAAAUGCUCUAAAAUUUUAGUCGUAUUUUUGUAGUUCACAGCUUUUGGAAGAAAAAAAGUUCAAAAUAUUGUAAUUUUUGAUCACAGUCACCUUGGUUUAAUAAGCUUUUCUAUAUAUUCUGUUCAUCUAUCUACUAUGACUUAUGCAUUUUAAAUAUUGUAUUAGUUUGUAAUAUCGUGUAGCAUACAAGUCUUUUGUCUUUACCAACAGAAAACAUCGAUUUCCUAUUCAGUCUGCUUAAGGCGUCAAGAAUCCCAGUAUCCAGUAGAAGCUGUUGAUGCCCUAAUGAUGAUCUUGAAAGAAACGGCACCCAAAUGCAACCUUGAUUGUUUAGUGGAGGUAUGUUGUCCUGCAUAUUCUAUCUUCGUCCGAAAAAAGUUACUACAAUGUGCUCUACCAGAGGUAUUUGGGAAAAAAUGGUCUCGGUUUUUUUGUUAUGAUUCUAUAAUAGUCUGUAUUAGAUUUAAUUCAGCCUCUCAGUACGUAUCUUGGUUGUGAACAUCACUUUCAUAUAACUUUGGAAGGUUUCAUGGUUAAAGCAUCUUCGGGGUAAACAAGUACAAAAAUUAUUAGAUGAUAUAGAAUCUCAUGUUUGUUGCUGCACUGUACUAGUAUUAUAUUAGAAGCCGAGGAGAGCUAAGAGGAACUGUGGAUUGUGUCUGUAGAUAUAUGUACCGUGUCUGUACCGUGUCUGUCUGUUUAUGUGAAUUAUGUUUGUUUUAUGAAAAAUGUAUGUAACUCUGAAUUAAUAAAAAUUAAUAAAAUACAAAAAAAAAAAAAAAUCUUCGGGGUAGGAACAGUGUGGUGGAUCUCGAUUUGCAUAUUUCGUUUACAUCACGCAUUGCACUGCAUAGAGGAAGUGAAUUUGUCGCAUUUCCCAAAACACUGAAAACUAAGAGUCUUCAUGAAACGGUCAAAAAGAGAUGUAAAUUUGUGGCAAAUCUAACAGAAGGCCCUAACCAAAGAAAUCGAAGGCAGGAGAUUUUGAUGAAGCAAAAAGUCUGACCUUACAGAUUGCUUUUCUUGAUGAAUUUUUCGGACUUCGUUUAACCUGCGAAUUUCAAAAGUCUCUUUUUCCAGGGACUCGAGAAGGGAGCUAAAUAUUGCUUUUCAUUGGUGGGCGGCAUGACCGCACGGACACGCGCUUAAAUGAGAUGCGAAAACUGGGAAUUUCUUCGGAGGCCAAAAACCUGAGUUCUAUGCGAGUUACCUAUACUUAAACGAAUUAACAGGGUAUGUAUUUUUGUCGAAUUUUGAUGAAAUUUAGCAAGGAUAUUUGUCAGGCAUUAAUGCACAAAAUUAUGUGAGGCUCUAACGAAAUUCGAGAUAUCUUUCCUGCGAAUUCCCGGCGCGUGAUAAGAAAUAGAUUUUCUCGGGAACCAACAGAAAUAUCGAAAAAGUUUCGCACUGUUUUUAGCCUAUUAUCUGCUGAGUGAUACGAUCCAGUUUGUUGGGAUGUUGUGAUAACGCAAAGACUUUUCCUGGAACCACCCUUUUUUUUGUUGACGGAGACCUUAACCUUUAUUUAGAUAUCUGACGAGUUGUGCUAAUUGUCAUGCUGCUGGUUGGUUUCAUAUGAGAACAUCAGUCACAAUCGUAUAUGAUGAUAUAUUUUGUUCUGAUGAUAGGUUUUCAAAGGCGUCACGAAGAACCCGAGUUGUAGUUCAGUCUUUUUGGAUCAAACGCACACGAGAAAUAAAUAAAUUAAAAAAAACGCAGUAACUUAAAGUUAAUCAUUAUAUCGACUCCACAAUAAUUUGAAGAUCACUUAGAAUUGGUUUUUUUUUCCGAACUUUUUAGAGGCAUUUUUCUUUCUUUUUUUUUAAUCGUUAUCUUCCGAUUAAAAACAGUACUUAGGUACGAGACGAGCCCACAGUUGCGAUCUUAUUUUCAACCCAAGCCAAUCUAUCGUACUUUUCCUGCUCUUUCCCCUCUCCAUUUUGUCUUGUGCAUCUUUCUCCGUGGAAAAAGGGGAGCAAGGAUGAAUGUCGAUGUCCGAUCUGGGAAGAAAUUGUUCGCGAUAUUACUAUCGGUAAUAACAUGAUUUCGAGUAAAAUUUGUUGUUGAUAAUUUGCAUGGAAAAAGAAACUUAGAAAGUCAAGACAGACGAAAUUUUGACAGCACGCGCUAUUUAUAAUUUUCACUCGUGUUACAACCUUGCACUCGUGUAACAACUCUGCAUUCGUGUGAAAUGAAAAAUGCUCUCUUUUUCAGCCAAUCAGAAGCGCGUAAUUUUUACCACAUGCAUCGUUUCUUUCAUGAGCGAUUAUUUUGCAAUUUGAUUUCGAAGAUAACUCGGAACGUAUAUACUCCUAACUUUUUAAGAAAUCACCACUGAAACUUUUAGGAUGUUAUUCAAGUCGUUAAGGAAAAGUGGAACAGGUGGCAAGAAAAGGAGAAAUUGGUGAGAAACAGCCGACUUUCACGCGCAGUGGGUCACCUUCAUAAACCAUUAUUCCAGGAGUACAUAAAAGCAAGUAUCCGGCUGACUUGGAGAAUGGUUACCCAGACACCACCACUGAAGCUAGAGUAUCAAUCCUUGUACCUACAACAGUGCCAUAAGAAGACGGGUUAUCAUACGAGUCCUGAGGUUUGUACUUUGGUGAAAGGAACCCCUGACCAACAUCAGGAAGAGGAGAUAGCAUGUUAUCUUUGGCCGGGACUGUUUGAUGGGGAAGGAAGAUGUAUUCGAAAAGGAGAAGUCUUGUGUAAGAUAAGAGGGAAUACUGAGUAA